CGCUGAAGGAAGCUCUGAGAAACCUAAACAAAGGGAAGAAGAGGAAGAAGAAGACCAAGACGAAGCUUUGAUGAGAUCUAAACGACUCGUUUCACUCCAUGACUGCACAGUAAAUGCUUUCUGCAGAAAACGGCAUGAAUCUCAAUAUCUGGUUUGAAGCAGUUUCUGUGUGCUUGUGUGCUUCCUUGAGUUAAAGCCUCUGCAUGCAACUCUGGUCACUCCAUCAGUGAUAACUUUUUUACCAGAGAUUAAAAGAUCAAAAGGGACUUAUAUGUUGUUGGGGUUUGAAUGCUUUGGAGCUCUUAUAGUUGAUACAAGAAUUCCAAGCAAAAGGAAAUGGAAUGUAAGAGAGGAAAAGAGAAGGUUCCAGGCAAAGAAAAAAACGUAAAAACAGUAAGGAAAAUUAGAAUUGUGUACACUGACCCUGAUGCUACAGAUUACUCAAGUGAAGAAGAAGAAGAAGAUGAUAAGUUGUUGAGCAAUGGGUAUGAGUUAAGUGGUUGUUGCUCCAAGAGGGUUGUGAAGGAAAUCUUGGUUCCAUGCAUGCAAAGCAAGUUACAAGAAGAGAAUUCUUCAGAAGAUGUAAACAGUGAAAAGAUGAAAGCAAGUGCAAUCCAUUUUUCAAGUAGGAGGAUGAGGAAACCAUCAAGCAUGUACAAAGGUGUUCAACGUAGGAAAUGGGGGAAAUAUGUGGCAGAAAUUAGAGAUCCUAUUCAAGGGUUGAGAGUGUGGCUUGGUACAUUUGAUACUGAACAAGAAGCUGCUAUGGCUUAUGAGAGAAAGAAGAAUGAGUUUGAAAGCUCGAGAAAAAGGGAUGAUGCAGUGGCUUUUGACAGUUCCAAAGAAGUGUUGUUUCAUGCAUCUCCAUCAUCAGUGCUUGAUGUCUGCUGCACUACAAAAGCUUCACUAGAUGUUAGUGACCCGAAUGAUUCAGUCAAAGAAAAGUUCAAUGUGGAAAAGGUUGGUGAAGAUGUGGAACCAGUUAACAGUGAAGAUAAUUCAACACAACUUUUGCUGGAGGAGCCAGUUAUGGCAUCAUUGUUUGGUUGUGAUGGUUUCUAUUUGGAUGAAGCAGAGAAAAGGGGAAUUUUGCUUGAUAAUGAGUUUUAUAAUUUCUUGGACAAUGACAUCAAAGGUGGUUUUAUGUGGAAUGUGGAACAUGGAGAAGCCACUGUUCUUCCCCCUGUGGACAGUGCUUUUGAUGAGUUAGCUUGGAUUGAUGAAACUCUAGAUUGGGAAAGCUCAUAAAAUUUUUUAAUCACUUGUUUGGACCAGUUUUUACAUUAGUUUUUUCUGAAACAAAAAAUUCUUCGUAAGUCAAAAAUAUUAUGCAUAACUUACAGUUAACAAUUUAGAUAGCUGAAAAUAUUAUAGCAGAAGUUUAUGCAGAAACUCGUUUAAAUAGGUUACUGGCUGCAUGAGUUUUAGCAUAUUGCAUUUUAACUGUUGAGACUUGAGGCUUUAUUUCCAUUGUGAAGAACUUUGCUGCAGAUUGGAGAAACCGUUUUUGUAGUUUUUCAAUUUUG